GUCAGAGUCAACGUCCGUCACUCAUCCCACACACCAAAUUAAGACGCACCCGCAGUCCCGCACCCACUCCUCACGACGUAUCACAAUUUCACAGUUCACAAAUAACCCACUUUUGUUUUUUCCGCUUUCUUCUAUCUCUCACACCGAUCCCAUCAUCAACACAACACAACACCAGUGUUUUUCCCUAACAGAAUCCAGUUCUCCCCGAAGAGAUAACCAUGGAAGGCCUUCCCAAAGGUUACCGUCCCAACGUUGGAGUCUGUCUCAUCAACUCCGAUUUCCAGAUUUUUGUGGCUUCCAGAUUGAAUGUACCAGGAGCAUGGCAAAUGCCUCAGGGUGGGAUUGAGGAUGGUGAAGAACCAAAAUCUGCUGCCAUUAGAGAACUCCAAGAAGAAACAGGAGUAGUAUCUGCUGAAAUAAUUGCUGAGGUUCCAAAAUGGUUGACUUAUGACUUCCCUCCUCCUGUGAAGGCUAAAGUUAAUCGUCUGUGGGGAGGCGAAUGGCAUGGGCAGGCACAAAAAUGGUUCCUCAUGCGGUUAACAAAAGAUGACAGUGAGAUCAAUUUAGCAACAGGUGAAGCGGACCCAGAAUUCUCUGAGUGGAAAUGGGCUAACCCUGAUGAAGUUAUUGAGCAGGCAGUGGACUACAAGAGACCAACUUAUGAAGAAGUUAUAAGAACCUUCAUGCCUUACUUUCAAGGGAAUGCAAUUUCAGGCAAAUGUAAAUCGACAAAGUGUCCAUUAAUGCAACAUCCCCGGUUAAAGUAUCACACCAAAGUUGUCAUCCAUUGUUCAUCAUCAUUAAUAAUUACUGGAAGGAAGAUCAAGUUGAUACUCACCCAAAGUGAAGUGAUGAGAAAGAAAACCAAAAACAAUGAGGAUGCAGAAAGCUAGAACCUGUUACAUUUGUGAUGCCACUUAAUAUAAAUGAUUACCUCUCAACUGCGCAUCUCCAAUGCACCUUUACCAAUCUUCAAAGCUUGAUCAUUUCUUUCAAAUAUUUCCAUCCUUUUGUCUUUAUGCACAAUUUUCUCAAGAAUUAUUUUCAUCUGGAUUCAUGUAUUGGUUAUGUCUAUAAAAAUAUGACAGGUGACUUAAAAUUAUUGUCUUAGUAAUG